AUGCUCGACUAUCCAGCGCCUUUUAACGCGACCAAUAACCCGCAUCGAGUGACCGAGCCGGAUCCAUAUCUCCAAUAUCCUUACGAUUGCUGUGGUCUCGAGAACCGCUGGUCGUAUCCAUGCCGCGGCUACGAGAAGCUACUCGGUACUCUCGAAGGUGCCCCGACAGCAACAUGGGCUGCUGGUAGUACGCAGAACUGGAACAUCACUGGCAUCGGCAAUCAUUACGGCGGCUCAUGCCAAGUGGGCUUCUCCACGGACAAAGGCAAAAGCUUCCACGUCGCAACCUCGUACGAAGGCAAUUGUCCCCACCGCGAUGCUGGAACUGGCCCGGACGGCCAGGAGUUCGAAUUCACAGUACCAAGCGACGUUGCCGCAGGCGUUCAUCUCUUCGCUUGGAUCUGGUACAAUCGCGAGCAAGAGCUCAACAUGAACUGCGCCGCUGUCGAGAUCACGCGUGCUUCGCCGGCCGCAAUACGAGAUACAUCGUCUGCAUUCGUGGCUUUCGCGGAUCGGCCUCUCAUGUUCGUUGCAGACAACGGCAACGACUGUAAAACGCCGAAGAACACAGGCGAGUUGAUGUUCCCGGACCCAGGACCAGAUGUUGUCAGAGGAGAUGGAGUGUACCCGCUGGAGCUUCCGACUGGAGAGUGCAGUGCUUCGGGAAUGUUGGCCAAGCAAGCGUACACAGGGAUCAAGUGA